AAUAAAUUACUAUUUCUAACUCGUGCGUACAUUUUUCUCCGCAUUUUCCCUCUUUGAAAACCUAAAUUAACAAAAUUUCUCGUCGUUUCUCUCAAUUUCUUCGUAAAAAUCCAAGAAUUUGGUGAAAGAGCGUAGAAAAAGGGCCCCUUUUUUGCGUUUUCUGGUCAAAUUUUCCUGAAUUUGGGGACCAAAGGGUCCAAAAAUCGGAUUUUUCUCCGUGGGGGUUGGGUUGGAUGGGGAGAAACAAGAAGUGGAAUAGUGUGAUUUGAAAUUGCCAUGUGGAAAAGAUGAGUAUCUGAUUACCGGAUCACUGCGAUUAUGAAGUUCAAUGUUUACAAUAGAGCAAUAUGAAGGUUAACUGGUUAAGAAAUGGAUGAAGGGAGAGAGGAGCUUUGUUAGAUCGCUUUCCUGUAGCACAAUGAAGUGCUUGUGCUCCGGGGAGCAGCUGAGGGCCGAUGAAAUGAUUCGCUCGUCUGAGUCUGCGGCCACAAAGGAUUCCCUAGAUAGCGGUUACUCCUCUGUGAACGGUGAGGGCGAGCAACGGCUCGACACUGGCAAUAUUGAAGAAGCUGAAUCCUCGCUUCGCGAGGGUGUCUGCCUUAACUACGAGGAAGCGAGAGCUUUACUUGGCAGACUGGAAUACCAGAGAGGAAACAUAGAGGCUGCGCUACAAGUAUUUGAUGGAAUAGACUUUUCUGCAAUAGCUCCUAAGAUGAAGAUUGCCAUUGCCAAAAAAAUAGACCGCCGCAAGUUUCGUUCAGCCUGGGAUGCACCGCCAAUGUCGUUGCAUGCCGUUAGCCUGCUUAUCGAAGCUAUAUAUCUUAAAACAAAAGCACUGCAGGAUCUUGGAAGGUUCAAAGAAGCUGCUCAAGAAUGCAACAUAAUAUUGGACACCAUGCAACCUACAUUACCUGAAGGCUCGCCUGUGAACUUUGAUAUUGACUGUAAAUUACAGGAAACAGUAUGCAAGGCGGUGGAGUUGCUCCCCGAGCUAUGGAAAUUAGCAGGUUUUCCACAAGAAGCGGUUACGUCAUAUCGGAGGGCCCUUCUUGGUUACUGGAACCUCGAUGCUGAGAGCAUUGCUAGAUUACAGAAAGAAUUUGCUGUGUUUCUUCUCUACAGUGGUUGUGAAGCAAGCCCUCCUGACCUUCGCUGUCAAAUGGAUGGUUCUUUUAUACCUAGAAACAAUAUGGAAGAAGCUGUUCUUCUUUUGAUGAUUCUCUUGAGGAAAUUCGCUCUCAAGAGGGUAAAGUGGGACCCAUCUGUCAUCGAUCAUCUCAGUUUCGCAUUGUCGGUUUCUGGGCAGCUAAAGCCUCUUGCCGACCAGGUUGAAGAAUUAUUGCCCGGUGUUUUCGAGAGGAAAGAGAGAUAUUAUACUCUUGCAUUGUGCUAUCUAGAGGAAGACGAUAACUUAGUUGCUUUGAACCUACUGAGAAAGCUAUUGAGUGCAAAAGGAGACCCUAACUGUCUCAAAGCAUUAUUGCUAGCUUCCAAAGUUUGCGGGGAGAAUUUUGCUCAUGCAGAAGAAGGUGCUUCCUAUGCACGAAGGGCUCUUGCGAAUUCGCAGGGAGGUUGUGAUCAAAUUGUUAGUGUCGCAAAUUGCUUAUUGGGUAUUUCUCUUUCAGCUCAAGCUAAAUCUUGUGCUUCUGAGACAGAGAGAGUUUCUAGGCAAGCGGAAGCUCUUGAAGCGCUAGAAAAAGCUGAAAAGACGAUGCGAAGAACCGACUAUAGGAUAUUAUGGAAUCUCAGCUUAGAGUAUGCUGAACAACGGAAGUUAGAUGCAGCAUUUCGUUAUGCAAAGCUGCUUCUGAAAUUGGAAGCUGGAUCGGAAAUCAAGGGAUGGGUUCUGUUGGCGCGAAUAUUGAGUGCACAGAAACGGUUUGCUGAUGCUGUGACUAUAAUCAACGCCGCUCUCGAUCAGACUGGAAAAUGGAGCCAGGGAGAGCUGUUGAGGACGAAAGCAAAAAUUCAGAUCGCACAGGGGGAACUAAAAAAUGCGGUUGAAACAUAUACCGAGCUUCUUGCUGUUAUUCAGCUAAGGAUUAAAAGCUUUGGUGCAGGAAUGCAGUUUUUGAAGGGUGGUAAGGGCGAUAGAAGGUUGGAGGUAGAGAUUUGGCAUGAUUUGGUUAAUGUCUACCUACGCAUGUCACAGUGGAGGGAUGCGGAAGUUUGUCUCUCCAAACUAAAGGCCGCCAGUCCUUAUUCUGCUUCAAGAUGGCAUGCAGCAGGGCAGUUAUAUGAAGCAAAGGGUCUCCACAAAGAAGCGCUUGAAGCAUACGGGAAAGCAUUAGAUGUAGAACCUGCACAUGUGCCAAGCUUGGUUUCCACAGCGAUUGUUCUUCAGAAGCUUGGUGACCGACCACUAGCUGUUGAGAGAAACUUCUUAACUGAAGCCCUGCGGCUAGACAGAACGAAUUAUGUUGCUUGGUUAAAUCUAGGUCUACUUUGUAAAGCUGAAGGUGGCAGAUCAGAGCUUGAGGCUGCCGAGUGUUUUCAGGCUGCUGCUUUUCUCGAAGACACUGCACCAGUCGAGCCCUUCAGAUGACUACUGUUAUCUAGUGGUGAGAAAUUACUCUGUAAGCCACUGUAUACGAACUGACAGUAUAUUAUUUUCUGGAAAAUAAUAUUAUUUUCCUGGCUGGCUUGAAAUUGCAGCUCCAAUUGGAGUUACAUCUUAUAAUGUUUCAGCCAUUUUUUCCUUUAAUGCCAGUUGAUCUCCAUACUAAUGAUGGCUAGUUUAACUUGUAAAAUGAAGCUCAUUUAAGGAUGAUUUGUAGCGACAAACAAGUUGUAGGUUGUGGUCCUUGGGUUGUUGGGGAGCUCUAAUAGUGAAAUAUAAAUAAAAAAAAGACAAACUGAGAUGUGCGAAGUGUUUUACACAGAAAUUAACUUAUGACUGGGAUUGGUAGAAUUAUUUUACUAUCUUCACAUCACAGAUAGUGUGGAUUAA